GAGAGAGAGAGAGAGAGAGAUGGGUUUUGAUUCUUGUGAAGGAGAGACUCAGAUCCCAUGUAUAGAACUUCCAAAGGAGCUGUUGGAAUCGAAAGUAGGGAGUGAAGAAUGGAAAGAGUUGUGUAGAAAAGUGAGAGAAGCAGGUGAAGAGUACGGUUGCUUUAUGGUGUCGGGGCAUGAUGGGGUCCCUGCAGAACUACGUGAAGAGAUGUUCAUGGCCAUGAAGGAUUUGUUUGAUCUUCCUGUUGAGACCAAAAUGAAGAACACAAGUCCCCAACCAUACCGUGGAUACGUUGGGAAUAUAGAUGUGAUUCCUCUGUAUGAGAGUUUAGGCGUCGAGGACGCCCCCUGCCUCGACUCAGCUGAGACUUUUACAGAACGCAUGUGGCCUCAUGGCAAUCCAGCUUUCUGCCAAACUAUGAACAACUUGAGCCGAAAGAUAAAGGAGCUGGAGAUACUGAUAAUGAGAAUGAUAUAUGAGAGCUACAAUGUGCCAACAAACUUGGAUGCACUUGCGGAAAAAACCCACAGUGUCUUCCGUAUGAUACAAUAUAAGCCACCGCCGGCAAACGAAGAGACCGGGGUUGGCCUAAUAGCCCACACCGAUAAGAGCUUUGUAACAGUUGUGUGCCAAAACCAAGUGAAGGGCUUAGAGUUACUCACCAAACAAGGCCAUUGGAUCCAAUUCUCACCCCUGGAAGGUUCUUUCUUUGUCUUCGUUGGAGAGAUGUUCAAGGUGUGGAGCAAUGGGAGACUUCAUGCAGUGAAACACAGGGUGGUGAUGAGGGGAGAUAGGGAGAGGUAUUCGAUCGCAAUGUUUGCAAUACCAAAGGAUGAGGAAGGGCAGAUUGAGGUGGCGCAUCAGCUAGUGGACGACGAUCACCCUCCUCUCUUUCGAUCCUUCAACAACCACGAUUAUUUCAACUAUUACGUCUCCAAUGUCAACUUAGAAAACACCCUCGAGAUCUAUGCUGGCAUUUGAUCCAAUCUAUCUCCUUAACUUGUGAUGACUUUGCGUCUGACCUCAUUUUCUCAGUAUCAUGAAUAAUAAAUAAUAUUUUGUUGUGAA